AUGUGGAAUUACCUUCUCGGCCUCCCCCUGCUCCUGUUCAUCUCGACAUGCCAAAGUUACAUCCCCCAAUGGGGGAAAAACCAAAGUGUAAGUGUACCCAUGCGAUACAGGCAACUCCGAAGCUACAUGAAAAGGCUCAGAAACGCAACAGUCGAAAUUGACAUAGAGAACAGGAAAGACUUAUCAAAGGUUGAAAUUAUAAAAAUGUUUUUAAAAGGAGUGAAGGAUUGUAAAAAUGUCGAGCGUUUAAGGGAGAAGGCCAAGGGACAUGUACCCCCGAGCACGAAGCGAAAAUUGAUGAAGCAAAGACGAAUGGCUAACUUGCGAGCUCACGUUAAAAACUGCAGAAUAAGGAAACAGGAAGAAGUUCCUCCGGAAAAGAACAUCCUCAAUUUCCCCAAAAAUCAGAUCAAAAAUAUAAAUGCCGCCGUCCUGUACUUCAGGCAUUAUUUCGAGAAGUACGAAGAGAAUACGAAUUGA